ACAUGAUCCGCACCCCCCACAGCUCACCAGAAGAGGGCCUCCGAUACUAGUCUCAGUCCAGCAUUUGCUUCCCCACAGAGAACGCUACUAAUUAUGGCUAAAAAAAAUCCGGGAAAUGUUAUCGAGGGAUGGGGGUCCUUUUACAACUUUUAGGAAUAAAUAGAUCAGAUGAGAAGACCAUGCUUCUGAAUGAUCACUUGGUUUAACAAAGCCCCUUGGUUAAAUGUGAUUAUGGAUGUGCUAGCUGUAGUGUAGUUUAAGAUCUUCCCACUGAACUUACAGGCUUUAAGAAACCAACCCAGGAGUGUAUGUCCUAUUGAAUUGAUGGGUUCCAAGACCUUACCCUUAACUGAUCAUAGCUCUCUGCUUCUCCUGAGCUAGGCGAUGGAUCACUUGGAGUCCUUUAUUGCUGAGUGUGAUCGGAGAACUGAGCUUGCCAAGAAGCGGCUGGCAGAGACCCAAGAGGAGAUCAGUGCAGAAGUUUCUGCGAAGGCAGAAAAAGUACAUGAGUUGAAUGAAGAAAUAGGAAAACUUCUUGCUAAAGCUGAGCAACUGGGAGCUGAGGGAAAUGUGGAUGAAUCCCAGAAGAUUCUUAUGGAAGUGGAGAAAGUCCGUGCAAAGAAAAAAGAAGCUGAGGAAGAAUACAGAAAUUCCAUGCCCGCAUCCAGUUUUCAACAACAGAAGCUGCGUGUCUGUGAGGUUUGUUCGGCCUACCUUGGUCUCCACGACAAUGACCGUCGUCUUGCGGACCACUUCGGGGGCAAGUUACACUUGGGGUUCAUUCAGAUCCGAGAGAAGCUUGAUCAGUUGAGG